CAGAGCGAUUUGGUCGGUCGUUGGGAAAGCAUCAUUUCUUUGCUGGGCGACUGCGGCUCUUCAUCGGGUACCAAAAGCGGCGCAGCGCUCUGAGAAGUGGCCUAAAACUUGGGCGUUGGGUAAAAGAAAAUGGCUCGAACCAAGCAGACCGCUCGUAAAUCCACUGGUGGGAAAGUCCCCCGCAAACAGCUGGCCACCAAAGCUGCCAGGAAAAGCGCUCCCUCUACCGGCGGGGUGAAGAAACCUCAUCGCUACAGGCCCGGCCCCGUGGCGCUCAGAGAGAUUCGUCGUUACCAGAAAUCCACUGAGCUGCUCAUUCGGAAGCUGCCUUUCCAGAGGUUGGUGAGGGAGAUCGCCCAGGAUUUCAAAACCGACUUGAGGUUUCAGAGUGCGGCCAUUGGUGCACUUCAGGAGGCUAGUGAAGCGUACCUGGUGGGUUUGUUUGAAGAUACUAAUCUGUGUGCCAUCCACGCUAAGAGAGUCACCAUCAUGCCCAAAGACGUCCAGUUGGCUCACGGGAUACGGGGAGAGAGAGCUUAAGUGAAGGCAGUUUUUAUGGUGUUUUGUAGUAAAUUAUGUA